AACUGUUGAAAACAUAUAAUUAGAUAUGAGCUAAAUCUGCAAAAUUUGGAAAUGGUAAUCCGUAAAAUGGAUUUACUUCCGGGAUAGAAUUUUUAGCUUCGUUGUUGAACAGAGCUUUAAAAGUUUCAUUAGUCGAUAAGGUAUGUCAAUGCGCUGACCUUUCUGUGUUAGUUAUAAUAUCAGGUCGCUAUUUUUAUGAGGUCACUACGUAUGAUUCACACAUAAAUAUUUCGGGCUAUCGCGCAUAUUUUCGCUUUCUUCGUAUUAAUCCAUAAUCACAAACAUCCAUAACAAACAAAGUGGGUUGUUCGUAAUUACAUCGAUUUAUAAGAAUUGAAGAGCACUUAUAAAUUUAAAAGAAAUAUAUAUAUAUAUAUAUAUAUAUACACUUAAGAACACAGUAAAAUAAAAAAAAAAAUUCGAUUGUUCAAUAAUCCAAUAAUUAAUUGAAAGCUUUAAUAAAAAAUUGUAAUCAAAACUCCUUAGAUAUAACAUCAAAUUUUUAUUAGGUUUUAAUCCCAAAUACUAAUUAAUUUUAAAAUUGUCUAAUUAAAGUAAAUAAUAAAUAUGUCAAUAGAAGUUUAAAAAAUAUUUAAUGUGAUUUUUUUUAAUAAAAUGAUAAUUUUAAUUUUUAUGAACUACCCUAACUCUACUACAAGAAAUCGUACUUAACAAGCGCUUUGAAAAUGUCUUAUACUGUUAGAUGUUUCUCAGACCUCGAACAGUCAACUUGUUUUCUUACUGUGACAAGGUUAAUCCAAUUAUUAGUGCUUUUUGAAGUUUUAGCUCAGUGGUCUUACAACGGUGUAUCAAAAAUUUUAUAUAGAAUGGAAACUAAUGUGAUAGAUAAUGCAAAAUCUAAAGCACCGCUCUUCGGCGCUCGUCAUGUACAGUGUAUUCUUAUAUUUUUGGGACUGUCUGCUGCGAUGACGCAACGAGUAAACCUAUCGGUUGCAAUAGUGGCAAUGAUGGAUAAGAAUUCCACAAACUCCGAUUUUGAGGAAUACCAAUGGUCUGAGAAAACAAAAUCUUACCUACUCAGCAGUUUCUUUUGGGGUUAUUUCGUAACACAAAUACCGGGUAGUCAGUUGGCGCACAAAUUUGGUGGUAAAAUAAUUCUCCUUUGUAGUGUAGCACUGACCGGACUCCUGGCUUUACUCACACCGCUGAGCGUGCGUUUGGGUGACUGGCAACUGCUCUGUGCGCUACGAGUGUGUCAAGGUCUCAUACAGGCUAGCACCUUUUCAGCGAUACAUACGUUGCUCUCAAAAUGGAUACCAGCCGAAGAGCGUGGCUCUCUUGGCACUUUUUGCUACACUGGUUUGCCAUUUGGUAGCAUAUUGAUCAUGUUGGUUAGCGGUUGGAUCGCAUCCUCUUCAUUCGGUUGGCCGGGUAUAUUUUAUUUCUCCGGUUUAUACAGCAUAAUUUGGGGGUUGGUCUGGUAUUUGGUUGGCGCAAGCGCACCCAGCGAUUGUAAAUGGAUGUGUGAGGAGGAACGUUUAUUUAUUGAAGCGGCGCUGGUGACAUCGGCGAAACCGGAACAUGAGAAUACGCCCACAAAAACACCUUGGUUGAAGAUACUCACAUCUGUGCCUUUCUGGGUAAUUUUGGUGGCGCAGAGCAACUACGCUUGGGGUUUUUGGACAAUGCUAACGGAAAUACCCUCGUACAUGAAGGGCGUACUUGGACGGGAUAUCAAGAGCAAUGCACUUAUGUCUGCAACACCUUACCUGGCUAAUGUGCUCUUGACAUUUGUAUUUUGUGUUUUAGCCGAUUUUCUGAUCAAGCGUGGCUACACGAGCGUCAAUACCAGUCGUAAGCUGUUCAACACCAUCGGUUUCUGGGUGCCCGUAGUGCCGAUCAUACUACUCGGUUAUAUGCGCGCUGAUCAGAGUGAGUUGGCACUAGCGUGGCUUAUUAUUGCUGUUGGUGUGAAUACAAGCGCAAAUUUGGGUUUCCUCACCAAUCAUAUUGAUCUAUCACCCAAUUUUGCUGGUAUCCUAAUGGGCGUAGCUAAUUGUGCGGCAAAUGUAAUGAGCUUAUUGGCACCACUAACGGUGGGCUUCAUCGUCACAGAUGCGAAAAAUGUACACCAGUGGCGUAUCGUGUUCUACAUCGCCAGUGGCAUGUACUUUAUUGGCAAUUUAUUGUUCAUAUUGUUUGGCCAAACGAAAAUCCAAGCCUGGAACUAUCCCAAGCCAAGAUGGGAAGAACGCGACCAUAUACAAUUCGAAGCAAUCAAAAUGGAAAAUGAGGAAAUGUGAAAAUUCGUGUUUAUUUUUUCUUCGUAACGAUUUAUUUAUUGUCAAUUGUAUUUAAUUUAAAGUAUUUUUAUACUUACGCAAAAUAUUGCGUCAGAGUAAAAAGAUUAAUGAUAUCUAGAAAUCAAAUAUUAUAUAAAGAUUUUCAAAUCUUGAUCAAUAUGUAAAAUAUCUUAGCAAAAUUUUGUGAACGUAUAAUAUUUCAUAUAUUAUAACUUGGUGGCAAAACUAGGUGUAAUCGAUCCACGAAUAACCAUAGAAAUUCUCAUUGUUUCAGGGGACGUUACAUCGAACAUGUUGGUCGAAUGGCUAGUUAUCUUAAUAAAACGGCCACAAUAUGAAUUCUAUAGUAUUGAAACCGGUUUAGCCUAACCAUAAUAUACUUAAUAUAAUGAUUUCCGCCCCUCCGAUUGAAUUUUCCGCAUAAACAUAAAUUAAAUUUCGUUCUCUUCGCUGAGUUUAUAUCGUCUAUACUUCUGGAUAUAAUAUUUUGAAAAGCGUUUUUUAUAUAUUUCUUUCCACACCACUAAGAUAAUGCUAGUAUGUUUGAAUUUGAUAUAAAUAUCUCGGACAAGAACGAUCAUAUCAUAUAUAGGAGUCACCGAAACUAACAAAGUGGCAUCUUCUAUAUGGCCUCUCCUGGUACAAAUACUACCUGAUGAUCAGUUGGCUCAUAUUUAGGGUAGUAAAAUUAUGAUGCUGCUUUGUAUUAAGUCUUUCCUUUGUAUUAAGUCUUCAGAAAUGACAUACAACUACAGUCAUCGUAGACUAAAGCAUGUAGCACAUAUACCAACCGCAUAAACUGAUCCCCGCUAUGUUAUUUAUCGAACUUUUCGACCAGAGCAUAAUACACAAUUUAAAAUGUUUCUAUCGAUGUAGAAUUCUCAAUAAGUUUCUCUAAUUCGUAUUGAGCUGAACAUUAAAUAUGAUAUUACACUUAUGGACUGCAUAAAUUGGCACCAUCGUCGGCGUCGUAAUAAAGGCCGUCAGCGGUGCGAUAGCCUGAUCGUCACUGGGUUGGCCAGGUAUUUUCUAUAUUUCCGGUUUAGUAAGUUUGCUAUGGGUUGUUGUAUGGUACUUUGUGGGCGCUAGCACACCUGCUGACUUCAAAUGGAUCAGAAAUUAUACAUUGAGUCGUCAUUGGUGACGUCUACUAAACCAGAAGAGGAACGUGUGCCAACAAAGACGCCUUGAGUUUAGAUAAUCACAGCGGUGCCCUUCUUAGUCAUUCUAAUUGCACAAAGCGCCUUCGCUUGGGGCUUUUGGACGAUGCUCAAACAAAUCCCCUCGUACAUGAAGAGUAUACUAAAACAAGAUAUCAAAAGCAAUGCACUCAUGUCGGCGCUACCGUAUCUCGUUAAUAUGUUCUUAACUUUCGUUUUCUGCGGCCUAAAUGACUUCCUUAUCAAACACAAUUACAUAAACAUACGCACAAGUCGUAAACUUUUCAAUACCAUCGGUUUCUGGGAACCGGUAUUGCCACUCAUAUUCCUGGGUUAUCUGCGCGAAGACCAAAGUAAUUUGGCCGUUGGCUCACUUGUCAUAUUGAUCGGUGUAAAUUCGGCUGCUUAUUUGGGCUUCUUGACCAAUCACAUUGAUUUGUCGCCAAACUUUGCUGGCAUACUAAUGGGUGUGGCUAAUUGUGUGGCGAACUACAUGGGCGUGGUAGCACCCUUACUGGUGGGCUUCAUCGUCACGGAUUCG